CACACUUCGCCGUCAGCUCCACGUUCUUGGAUUUCACAUGCCCAAACGAGGAGCAUGAUGAGUGUGCCUGCUGCGUGAGCUGCCCACCCCGACGUUGCACGCUCAACACACCCCACAGUCCUUACCAGUUACCCAUUUCCCUCGUCCUCUCCUCUUCCCUAUAAACAGACUCGACGACUGGCGGGCAAGCGAAGGCCUCAUUUCACCACCCAGCGCUAGCGAUAAAAGCAAAUCACCCGCCCCUAAGCCCACGCUUGACGUAUACCACCAUCACCACAGCCGAGGACUCGCUGUCUGGGACACCAUAGCACGGCAUUAUUGUUGCACAGCGACCGACGUACAGACCAGGCCGCCCGAGCAUGACACAGACGACGUAUUGCACUGCGAGAAGCAGCACCUUUGUCACCAAUUCCACCAGCGAAUGGCAUGAGGAGCCCACGCUUGGCGCCUCUUCAGGCACACACCUUGACGCGGACAUUGCGCGCGCGAGGCAACGAAGACGACAUUCGAGUUACAACCCCCGAUCAUGGAGUGCCGAGCGGGACAAUGUGCAGAUUGCGGUGGACGAAUUCUUGAGCGAUCUGGGCCGCAGGCUGGCCAUGGUGGAGAGUUAUGGCCAGCAUACCUUUGACGCUGGCGUUAAUACAGUAUUCGACACGCUCACCUCGAUCCACACACGAUGCAUGAAGGAGUUCGAAGACGUGCGGGAGUCGGGGCGAAGACGGCACAAGGCUUUCGUGGAUGCAUUGGAGGCGCAAUACAAAGAUGCUCUGGCGAAGCGUGAAACUCUGGAAGCCAAAGUACAGGAGGGCGUCAAGAUGUUGGAGGAGAACCUGGCUGCGUUAGAACAACGGGCCUACCACAUCCGGGAGAAGGGUGCCAUUGCCACGGCGCACGACAUGCUUGAUUCUGGUCUGGCGUACAUGGACGACAAGGCCACCAAGGCUAGUAAUCUCAUGCUUGAAGGUGCUGAUGCUGCCCGCCGAGCGAAGGAACGCAUGAAGAUCAGGAUCGAAGUCGCAUUGGAACAAGCCCGGAAGCACGGUGUUAUUACCUACGACAUGCUACCGGAGCCAUGGCGCGUGAAUCCUUACAUCCUGUCCGGCUACCGUUUCUCAGAGAACAAGCUCCAUUGUGUGACAUCCUGCUUCACACUAUCCAACGAGUUCGUCAACAUCUGGAGCCAUGCCAUAGGUCUUGUCAUCGUCCUCGCACUGGCGUUCUGGAUCUACCCUUCCACUCCUGCCUUCACCAAUGCUACCGCAUUCGAUAUCGUCAUCGCUGGAGCCUUCUUCUUCGCCGCUUGCAAGUGUUUGGUCUGCAGCACGAUGUGGCACGCCAUGUCCUCCAUUUCGAAUCAGACACUGAUGGAACGCUUCGCGUGCGUGGACUACACUGGCAUUUCCUUACUUGUCGCGGCUAGUAUCAUGACGACAGAAUAUACGGCUUUCUACUGCGAGCCAGUCAGUCGCUGGAUCUACAUGUCACUUACGUUCGCCUUGGGCAUCGGAGGUAUCAUUCUACCUUGGCAUCCUACCUUCAACCGCGCGGACAUGGCGUGGGCACGGGUUGGCUUCUACGUAUCCUUGGCGUUGACUGGGUUCCUGCCGAUGGCACAAUUGACAUACGAGCGUGGAUGGUUCGAGACCAUUUACUUCUAUGCGCCCAUCAUGAAGAGCAUCUCGGUCUACUUUCUUGGUGCCAUACUGUACGCAGCCAAGAUCCCGGAGCGCUUCUUGCCAGGAUGGUUCGACUACCUCGGCGGUAGCCACAACCUCUGGCAUUUCGCCGUCCUAGGCGGCAUUCUCUUCCAUUAUACUGCAAUGCAGUCUUUCUUUGGAGAUGCAUUCAAACGAGCCAACGCACCUGCGGGAUGCUCGUUGUAUUGAGGCGAUCGGCGCGAUAUUUCUUUGUGCUUUCAGUGACAAGCGUUCGAGCGUGGGGCAUAAGAGUAGGAAUUCAGAGGCAUCGACGAGCAUGAGCAUGGCAUCAAUUUCAAUAUUCUGUAACAGGCCUUGUCUCAACACAGGCAUUGCAUUGCUAGACCUGAGAAAGACUGGUCGAGCUGUACAUAUUGACGACAGCAGCUGCAUGGAGGGAGAUGGUAGGGGUAGCAUGGAGCAUGGCAUUGCAUUGUCUGGUUUUACUCGAAUAUUCUUUUGACCGCCUGUAGAUAUUCCAAGUCUCGUUUUCACACAGGCCACUUUGGCAGGUUCGUGAUCUCUUUUUGCUUGGGGCGUACAUUGACGAGCCG